AUGCGUCCUUCGUACGCAAUUUUUGUGCUUUUCCUUGGCAUUUCUGCCGUAAAUGCCGCUCUUCCCAACCCCAGUGUCCGAAAUGCGUGCGGCGUAUGGACUGGCGAUCGGAUAUUUGGCGGCGUCGCUACCCAAAUCGACGAAUACCCAUGGAUGGCGUUGCUUUCGUACACUUGGCAGGAGGAACAAGUUUCCGUUUUCGGUUGCGGCGGUUCGUUGAUCGACGAAAGGCAUGUAAUUACGGCAGCGCAUUGCAUCAGUGACUCCGAUCCGAUUCUGACGGGCGUUCGUUUGGGCGAAUGGAACACGUCGUCGCCUCGUGAUUGCUUCGAACCGGAUGAUUGCGCCGAUGAUCCAGUUGACAUCCCUAUCUCGAUGAUCUUCAAACAUCCGGAGUACAAUAAAAAUGGCGGCGAAGAGAAUGACAUCGCCAUUUUGAGACUUAAGACGCCUGUGACGUACUCUUACUUCAUUAAACCGAUUUGUUUGCCAUCGGAACCCGAGUUACGGACCAAAACGAAUUACGAGGGCACGAAAUUCGUCACUGCUGGAUGGGGCCGCACUGAAAAGAAGCAACAAAGUGACGUCAAAAUGAAGACUGUGGUUGAUUUUAUGAACUUGAAUGCAUGCAACAAGGUCUACAACACGAUUGGACGACAAAUUUCGACGAAACAAUUGUGCGCUGGAGGUAAAGACAUCAAGGAUUCGUGUCAAGGUGACUCUGGUGGUCCAUUGAUGACAACUUUCACGAAAAACAAGAACAAUUACGCAUAUUUGGCUGGUUUGGUGAGUUAUGGUCCCGCCGAAUGUGGUUCCCGUGGAUGGCCUGGCAUCUAUACGCGUGUCGGAGCUUACAUCAGUUGGAUUGAAGCUUGUGUCAAUACUCCGGAUCCCGUUCAGAGACCCGUUCGUCCCACUCGUUGGCGUGGAUAA